UCUUUUUGUUAAAGUAAGAAUCUGUUUAAAUUUUAGGGGGAAAAAAAUACUGGCUUUGAUGUCCUUUACCAUAAUAUGAAAUAUGGACAGAUAUCGACAAAAGAACUAGCAGAUUUUGUAAGAGAAAGGGCUACAAUAGAAGAGGUGUACUCCAGGUCAAUGACAAAACUAGCAAAAUCCGCAAGCAACUAUUCACAACUUGGAACAUUUGCACCAGUGUGGGAUGUGUUCAAAACAUCUACAGAGAAAUUAGCAAAUUGUCACUUAGAUCUUGUUAGAAAAUUACAAGAAUUAAUAAAAGAAGUUCAGAAGUAUGGAGAAGAACAAGUAAAAUCGCAUAAAAAGACUAAAGAAGAAGUUGCAGGAACUCUGGAAGCUGUUCAAACCAUUCAGAGCAUAACUCAGGCCCUUCAGAAAUCCAAGGAAAAUUACAAUGCCAAAUGUGUAGAACAGGAACGUUUGAAAAAGGAAGGAGCUACACAAAGAGAAACAGAAAAGGCAGCUGUUAAAGCUAAGAAAGCUACAGAUACCUAUAAACUCUAUGUGGAAAAAUAUGCAUUAGCAAAAGCUGAUUUUGAACAGAAAAUGACAGAUACAGCUCAGAAAUUUCAAGAUAUUGAAGAAACUCAUCUUAUUCACAUAAAGGAAAUUAUAGGAUCUUUGUCAAGUGCUAUAAAGGAAAUUCAUUUGCAGAUAGGCCAGGUCCAUGAAGAAUUUAUAAAUAACAUGGCUAAUACUACAGUUGAAGGCUUGAUACAAAAAUUUGCUGAGUCUAAGGGCACUGGGAAGGAAAGACCUGGCCUUUUUGAAUUUGAAGAAUGUGACCCUGCUAGUGCAGUUGAGGGUAUAAAACCAAGGAAAAGAAAGACUUUUGGUUUGCCAGGCAUAAUUAAAAAGGAAAAGGAUACAGAAUCUGUGGAAUGCCCUGAUGCAGAUUCACUUAAGACAUCAGAUGGAGCUCCCUGUGGGUACAGUGGGAGAGUAGAUUUACCAAAUGAUAACAUUCCUGAUGUAGAUGAAGAGGGCUAUAGUAUAAAACCAGAAGCAAAUCAGAAUGAUACCAAAGAGAACCAUUUCUACUCAUCUAGUGAUUCUGAUUCUGAAGAUGAAGAACCAAAGAAAUACCGGAUAGAAAUCAAACCUAUGCAUCCAAAUAACUCACAUCACACAAUGGCUUCAUUGGAUGAAUUAAAAGUAUCUAUAGGAAAUAUAACUCUCUCCCCAGCGGUAUCUAGACACAGUCCAGUGCAGAUGAAUCGGAAUUCAUCUAGUGAAGAGUUAACAAAAUCGAAGCCAUCUGCUGCAUCCAAUGAUAAAGGGAACAGUGAUUUACUUGCUUGGGACCCCCUGUUUGGACCAUCUCUUGAUUCAUCUUCUUCAGCUUCACUAACUUCGUCAUCAUCAGCCAGGCCCACAACUCCUCUUUCUAUAGGCACCAUUGUCCCACCUCCAAGGCCUGCUUCCAGACCAAAGCUUACUUCAGGCAAACUCAGUGGGAUUAAUGAAAUAGCUCAUCCAUUUAUUGCUGGCAAGAAUCCAGAGAAAUAUUUUUUUAUAGGCAGUAAACCCAGGCCAUUCAGCCCACCUGUAACGUCUAGUACCAGCCCACCUCCUGCUGCUCCAUUAGCCCGGGCAGAAAGUUCUUCCUCUAUCUCGUCUUCUGCUUCAUUAAGUGCUGCCAAUACUCCAACAGUAGGUGUGUCACGAGGUCCCAGUCCUGUCAGCCUCGGGAAUCAGGACACCUUACCUGUGGCAGUCGCCCUUACAGAAUCUGUUAAUGCCUACUUUAAAGGAGCAGAUCCCACCAAGUGUAUUGUGAAGAUCACUGGUGACAUGACAAUAUCAUUUCCAAGUGGAGUUAUUAAAGUCUUCACUAGCAAUCCAUCUCCAGCUGUGCUCUGCUUCAGGGUGAAAAAUAUCAGCAGACUAGAGCAAAUUCUUCCAAAUGCACAGCUUGUGUUCAGUGAUCCAUCACAGUGUGAUUCUAACACAAAAGAUUUCUGGAUGAACAUGCAAGCUGUUACUGUCUACCUCAAGAAGCUGUCAGAGCAAAAUCCAGCUGCUUCUUAUUAUAAUGUAGAUGUAUUAAAGUAUCAGGUAUCAUCAAAUGGUAUUCAGUCCACUCCUCUAAAUCUUGCAACAUAUUGGAAAUGUAGUGCUGGCACCACAGAUGUUAGAGUGGAUUAUAAGUACAACCCAGAAGCUAUGGUGGCACCAAGUGUACUUUCCAAUAUACAGGUGGUGGUACCAGUGGAUGGAGGAGUCACAAACAUGCAGUCCCUUCCCCCUGCAAUAUGGAAUGCAGAACAGAUGAAAGCCUUUUGGAAACUCUCUGGUAUUUCAGAAAAAUCAGAAAAUGGAGGUUCUGGGUCCCUCAGAGCAAAAUUUGAUCUUUCAGAAGGACCCAGUAAACCCACCACACUUGCAGUGCAAUUCCUCAGCGAGGGAAAUACCCUCUCAGGAGUAGAUAUUGAACUUGUAGGCACUGGCUAUAGGCUUUCCUUAGUAAAGAAGCGGUUUGCCACUGGACGAUACCUGGCGGAUUGUUGAUGGACCCUGGAAAGUGGUUGGCUCGAGGGAGUAGUACAAACCUGCCAUUCUGCAUUAUCUGUUCUUUCCAGACACUAUUCGAACUUGUAUUAUGUCUUUGAGAGCUGACUACAAACAUUAAAUUGCACUUUUGAAGUGAGUCAUUGAAAGAAAUAGCACUGAAAUGAUUUUUCAACGCUGUAAAUGAUCAACUUCAAUAUUCAGGAAGCACAUUUAUUCAGAUUCUCAGUAAAAUGAAGUUUUUAUAGGCUGAAAUUUUAAAUUUAAAUUAUCUUCAGUGUCUAUGUUGAAAAAGGGGUUAUAGUAUAUCAGGCCUAAAAUUUUAGGAGAGCAAGCACAAAGUAAUUUAGCUUUCCAUAAGUUUUUAGAGUCAGAGAUAGCUUUGAAAUUUUGUAAGUUUGAUAUUGAAUGAAUACAAACAGAACGUGAAUUCUAAGUUUUGGAUAAUAUUAAUUUAGAACACUCAAUCAAAUUGAGUUAUGUGCCAUAAAGUAAUCAGAUCAGAGUCCAAGCUGUAUGCAAAAAUUUAUAAUUUGAUUCUCAUAAAUGUAUUAAUAAAGUGUAAAUGUUAUUUUAUGAUUUUUUUUAAAUCCUCAAGUGCAAUGUGUUUUAAAAUAAGCUUGCAAAGACAGCAGAGUGAUUUACUUCUGCAGUUAACUUUAUAGAAGUUGUGAUUGUUUUGAUGAAUUAAUGCUGUAGAUUUAAUUUAUUUUUAUAUGGGUUGCAUAAUGUGUGCCUUUUAAAACAAUAACAAAACCCAGAAAUGUGCCUAUCCAGUUUGUGUUCAUUAAUGUGCCUCACUUUUUCUCACAGUCUGGAUCUUCUAUUCAGAAUCAUAGAGUGGGCAAACAUUUUUAUAAGAUAAUUGCAAUUUUUAAAAAUAUCUUUUGCUGCAGUUGGGAAGGGAAUUCAGAAUAACUAAAGGAUAAUUUAUACUUAAGAACCCUGGCUCACUUCUUUAGUGAUACACUGUAGCCACUAGAGAAAUGUUAACUAAUGGCAUAUGUUUACAGGGGAAGAAAUUACCUUCAGAUAUUCCACUUUAACCUGAUCAAAAAGUUCUGAAAAACUGUAAUGGUAAAUUGGUAACUGGUAUUUUAACUCUCAAUUUAACAUUUCCCUUCACUCUGAUAAUUAUUAGAAAUAUUUACUGAAUGUGUUGUGAGCACGAAUUUUGUAGUAGUUUGAGAGGAACACACUUUUGAAAAGAUUAGUUUUGGCAUUUUCAACAACUGGAAAAAUUACCAAUUUGUAUUUUUUUGUUCCUAUUUAAUUGCUACAUGCUAAAAGUAGAGAAAUUGAAAUGAUGGAUUGGGUUAAACAUUUCUUAAAUAAACUACUAAUUUUUAAUAUAAAAAAACCUAACUUUAUAGCAAAUCCUGAUUAAUUGAAGGAAUUAUUUUGGACAAAGUUUAAUAAUUUACAAAUGGGGAUUUUAUUUGUAAGUACCAGUGUUUUGCAUUUUGCAUAGAAUAAACUGUUGUAGAUGAUAAUUUAUAUAAAACCACUAAUUGUUCUGUUAAGCUUUACAGAAAAUAAAACCCCUACUACUAGACAUUUAUGUAACAUCUUGCUAUACUAAAUACAGCAGAAAAUCUACUCAUUAGCAAAAAAAUUUAUAUAUAUAUAUAUAAAAUUUUAUAUAUAUAUAUAUAAAACACAAUGUGCUUUUUAAUAUAUUCAGUGUUAGCCCAGUUCUAAAUUUAGGUUUGACUAAAGCAGCACAUAAAACAAUUUGCUAAAAUGUUCAUCUUUACUAAAUAGUGGGCAAAAUUAUAAUUUCUAACUUACAUUGUGCUCUUUUAAAUGCCAAUUACAGUCCCUUACUGGAAUCUUAACUGUAACUGCUUUGCAGUCAGGCUGCUUUUAUUGAGCAGUUAAUAUUUUAUUAUUGGAAUUCAGACACCAUUAUACUCACCAUGUUUGCUUUUAAUCAAGUAUUACCUAAAAAUGUACAAAUUAGUGAAGUGGUUAAAGUUCUGCACUUUCUUAAUUACUACAGUCUUCAUACCAAGUGUUAAUACAUAAAUUUGUUUGGGUGCAGGUUACAAUUUUAAAGCCAUAUGAGUUUAUAUUGAUUUCUUUUCAUUUAAAAAUCCACUAAUGGUGUGAAAAAAGACCAAUAGAUUUUCAAUGGGAAAUGUAUUUAGCAAGCUGGUUCUUGCUUAUGUAUAGUGAUAAACUUUGUAGUUGCCUCUUUAACCAAGAAUUUGAAAACACAGAAGAACUCUAACAAAUGUGCAUUUUUAAGAAUUUGUUAUUUACUAUUUGAGUUGUAAUUAGAACACUGCAAAUCUUACAAAAUUUUGUAAAUAUUUUUGAUUUUUUCAUAAAAUGUAAAUUUUACAUGAAAGUUGUACCCUUAAUAAACAUGUAAUAUAUAAUUUA